AUGGAGAAUGACAGACGGGCAGGAAUGCGUAAUUGGUCAGUUGAAGCUCGUGAUCGGCAGGUUCAUGCCGUUAGCCCAAUGCAUUUGCAAGAAAGUCGCCUGAUUAAUUCGCUGUUGAACGAAGCGCAAAAUAUAUCAAAAUCAAAUAACAAAAUAAAUACGCAAAGUAAUGGAUGCGAGCCUGAUAAAGGAAACCCUUCUGAAUUACAGAAGAUGCUUGAGAAAUACCAAACUACUGUUUUACAUAAACAGCAGCAGCAGCAUCAGCAAAACCAGCAAGAGCAGCAGCAGUUACAACAAAGGAUUGGAAAUAGUCAAAAUUCACAUGAAAUCAUCAGAAGCUUUGGAAGUGCGUCACCUGCUGUACAGAUACAUAAUACUCAAAUGAGCCAUUCCCAACCAUGCCUCGUCACUGCCCUUAGUGAAAAAGUUGGAGUUCCUGGUGCUUCUGCGCCCCCAUCAUAUCCCCAGGCGUCGUCUUCCUUUGAUUCUUCGAAAGUUCGAGAAACUGCAAAUUUUAAAACACAGCUUGCUUCAACGCAAAGGAUACUGGGCUUAUUACACGAAAAAAAUGCUGCGCUAAAGCAGCAGUGCGAUUAUUUAAAUAAAAAAGCUCUUCGACUUCAGAAGCUGGAAGCUGUGUGCAAAACCAUAGAGAAUGAAUAUGAAAACCUAACGGCUCAGAAAGAACGGCAGGAAGAGCUGGAAAAGGCUCAUCGAGCGAAAAUGGAAGCACAGCUUGCCAAACUGUAUAACGAAAAUAAAAUGUUACAUCAACGAGUAGAAGAGCUUGGACAGUGGCUAAGAAUGGAUCAUCCUAAUGAGCAAGUCUUAAGAGUUAUAAACGAAAUGAUCCCGCAAAAUGAAGAACUUCGAAAGUGCAAAGAACGGCAGAGAAUGGAUAUUGAAGCUUUAGAAGUAACGUUAAAGGAUCAGAGAAACCAUAUACAGAUAUUAGAAAAAGCUUUGACGAAUGCUCAGGAGAAGGUUUGGAGAAAGGAGAAGGAGGUUAAUGAACUGAGCGGAAACGUUCAAAAAGCUUUUUCUUUACAGAAAGCCCUUGAUAAAAUGAAAGGUGAGAUGCAAGCUCGAGAGGCAGAGUGGAAUCGCCAAAGGACACAGUUAGAAAUGGAGAACGCGCAGCUGAAAAUGCAGUUAACAAAAGAGUGUGUUCUGUUAGGUGUUAAGAAGGGGACGAUUGCGCGAAGCCCUGAUAAUGACGAGUUACUGCAGCUUAAGAAAACUCUUCAUGCCAGUGAUGCGAGGGUAACUGAGCUGAAAAAGAAGAUCGCUGAAAUGGAAUCUAAACAUCUCGAGGAGCUUCAGCGAAGGGCAACGCAGAUUGAUGCUUUGACAACGAAAGUAAAGGAGCUCGAAGAAGAAAUUACGGAUAAAGAUGAAAAAGUUGCUGAGUUAGAGAAAGAAAAUGAAUUACUCAAUGAAAAGUUGGAAAAUGAAAAGAAGAAUUCGAAGAAGCGGCUAACAAAGUUGGAGAAGGAACUGGAAAGAACUCGGAACAGCGAUGAAAGAAGAUUUCGUGAAGACAUGGCCAAAAUGGAGGAAAUGAGAUUGAAGAUUGCUGAUCGCCGAUGCUUUACAGCCGAUCGACUGCGUUGCAGGAUUAACAGUCAUUGUCGCACUUCGUCUGGCAGUUUUGGAGUAUGUCAAAGUCAUGCCCGAACUCACUCAGCUGCUGCGUUGAUACCUGGUUCUGUACCUAUUAGCUUAGCAAGUACGAGUUCAUCCCCUCCUGAGGGUCCAUUAGAUCUGUCGAGUAGCAGUACUAGCGCUUUGAAAAGAGAUUCUGACGGUCUCUUAAGCUUUGACGACGUUGCAAUAAACCCAUCUUCAGUGACUGAUUUGUCCACUCGACGGAUGAGGCAUAUCAGGAGGCCAAAAUGUUGCGUGCCUAUAGUGCAAGAUAAUCGCCUUAUAUCUUCUUUGUAUUCUUUAAAUCUGGAAGAAACUUCGAUGGAUGAGUCGGAUAAAGAAAGUGUCAAAGAUAGUGGGAUUGUGAAGGAUGAGGAGUUUCAGAAAUCUGCAGAGGAAACCUGGGAUGUGUGA